AUGCAAGCAAGAUUAAAAAGGCCAAUGCAACAUGACCAGGUAGUGAAUGAACAAAUCUUAAGAGAGUUAGCGGAAAUGAGAGAAAUUAUGACAACAAGAAGAGAGGGUGCUAGGCGACAGCUGGAUGAGGCAAUUGAAGAAGCUGGAAAAACACCAUUUGCAGAGGAAAUACAGCUGGCCGGAAUACCGCCAAAAUGUAGUUUACCAGCAUUUACCAAUAUCUUUGAUGAAACAACCUGUGCGAUACAACACAUAAAAGCCUAUGUGCGAUCUUUAUUGCAAUGGGAAGAUCAUGAUGCAGUUCUUUGCGAAUAUUUUCCGGCAAGCUUGUCAGGAGCAACUUUGAAGUGGUUUGACGGUCUACAUACUGGAACAAUCAGAUCAUUCAAUCAUUUACAGUCAAUAUUACGAGGAGCAUACAUCAGCAACAAUGUAUUAAGACCAGGCAUAGAGCAGGAAGAAUACAUCGUUCUUGAAGAAAAGCAGAAAGAAAUGGAAUCUUAUCCUAUGGCAAAUACAAACACAAAAGCAAGGAAAGCGAGUUUACUUCCUAAGAUAACGAACACAAUCGCAAGUACAUCUCAAGGAAGACACAAAAAGGCAAUAAAUGAAUAUCAACAAAAACUAGUAGCAAUGGGUAGUCGAGAUAAAGAAGAGUGGGAAAGAGAAAAAUAUUUCAAUAAUCGUGGAGGAAAUAAUAAAAUUCAAAGACAUGAUAACACACCAGAAGGAUAUGGAGGACAAAAGAAGUAUUUUAAUCAAGGUCAAAGAGGUCACAAAGUAGUUUGGGAGCCUACAAAGAUGCCACAUCUAAAUGCUACAAUAAAAAAAAUAUGGGAAUCUAUAAUUUUUAUGGAAGAAACACCGGCACCACCAAAUGCGGAAAAUGAGCCACCACAAGGGAGGAGAAGUAGAGAAUUAUGUGCUUAUCAUCGCUUUCAUGGUCACACAACAAAUAAUUGUAGGGACACAAAGAAAAUCAUACUGUGA